UCCUUCCCGCUGGUCCCAGGAUCCCUCCCAGUGCCGCGCGGGGCGGGGCCGCUUUGGAAUCCCCCCAGAGCAGAGCGCGGCUGCGUUUGGCUGUCGGGGCCGAGCUGGGAGCGGAGGAGCGGGAAGAAGGACACCGGAAAGGGAAAAGGAAAGUGAAAGACAAAGGGAGAAGAGACAGGAACAGGAGGAGCACAAAGAGGAGGGACAGAGGAAAAGGACAGGGAGGAGCGGGAAGAAGAGGAGGAGCAGCGGCAGCACGCGGUUCCCCCGCCCGCCAGCUCAGGCCGGAGUUCCCCCAACCCCGGCAGCAUCGCCCACCCCAGAACCCGCAGGUCAGCGUGGAGGGGGAGCUCGCCCCAAACAUCCGGAGGGUCUUCGGGAGGGUUUUUGUGCGGGGCAGGGAUGUUUGGAUCUUGCAGGACCCCAAAGCCAAUCCGGAGAUGGACCUGGAGGAAUCUUGGCAGGUCCCCCGUGGCGAUCGCCCGGUACAGGCGAGCAGAGCCUGGAGAGGAGCGGGGUCCGGGCCCCCCGAGGCUUAAGGGAGCGCUGAUUUCUGCAGCUGCACUUGGGCAGCGGCACCAUCAAAUCCAAUGCGCUCAGCCCUUGUUUCCCCUGCAAACCAGGAUUUCCCAUUCCCAGACCUCGGCCUGAUGGAGGAGGAGGUUGAAGAUGCGAGGAAGAGGAAGAUGUCUCAGGAGCCGCAGGCAGAGCUGAGGACGGAGACCAGGGAGGACAAAUCUCCAGUGCAGAACCUCAUGGAAGAGACCAUUGUGAGCGGCUCCCCUGCGCAGGAAUGCAAGGGGGAGGAAAAGUCAUGGAGAUCCCACACGAGGAGGGGCUGCAAAUGCAGAUCACGGGGAUCUGAGGAGGAAAGAUCCACCCUGGGCUGGGGAGGCGGCCGCAGCUUGGAGCUCGGGAUACCUGAGCAUCCUCAGGAUGGGAAGAAGCCCCACAAGUGCUCAAAAUGUGAGAAGAGUUUCAGGUCGAAAUCUCGCCUCAUGUACCACUGGAGAAUCCACACAGGGGAACGGCCCUACGAGUGUGGGGAGUGUGGGAAGAGCUUCAGUUUGAGAUGGAACCUGACUGUCCAUCGGAGGAGCCACACAGGGGAAUUCCCUUACGAGUGUGGGGAGUGUGGGAAGAACUUCAGGCGCAGGUCCACCCUGAUUGUCCACCAGAGGAGCCACACUGGGGAGAGGCCAUAUGAGUGUUCUGAGUGUGGGAAGAGCUUCAGCCAGAGCUCCCACCUGAUCAUCCACCAGAGGAGCCACACGGGGGAACGGCCCUAUGAGUGUGGGGAGUGUGGGAAGAGCUUCAGCACAAGGUCCGACCUGAUCAGACACCAGAGGAGCCACACCGGGGAGAGGCCCUACGAGUGUGACCAGUGCAAGAAGAGGUUUCCCACCAGCUCCCAGCUCCUCCUGCACCAGCGGAUUCACACAGAUGAGAGGCCCUUCCGCUGCCCUGACUGCGGGAAGGGCUUCCAGCAAAAGUCCACCCUCGUCACCCACCAGCGCAUCCACACCAGGAAGAGGUCCCACGAUGAGUGUGAUUAGUGAGGGAAGAGCUUCACCAGCAGCCCUACCUUGACCAAACACGAACGCAGCCACUGCUAAGGGAACCCCUGCAAGUGCCCCGAGUGUGGGAAGAGCUUCGUGCGCUGCUCCAGCUCCAUCCCCCAUGGGAGGAUACCCCCUGGAUGAUCCCCAGUGACCCCCGGUGGGCAGAGUCCCGGUGAUCCGUGGUGCUGGUGAUCUGUGUUGGGCACACACCUGGCUGGGGGCUCCACAUUGACCUGGCGCCCCUUGGCCUAGAUAGUCUGUACAUUUCUCUUUGUCCUUUCAAAACACCCAAAACCAGGGUGAAAAUAAAAAUUUUGAACAAAGACCUCGAUGGGGAUACCGCAAGAUCUUCCAGGGGAUGUCGCUGAUAAUUGGUGUGAGGGAAUUGAGUGUACCUGAGAACUUUGGGCUACCCAGGCUGAGCGACUCCGGCUGUGCUGGGAGACCCUGGCGGAGGUUCAGGAGGGACUGAUCAAGGACCCCCUGCCCUGGGAAGGUCCCCAGAUCCCGGUGUUCCCUCUCCAGGAUCCCCCUUUGCCCCCUGCGCAUUCCUGUGUCACCCACUCCUGAUCCUUUCCUGCUCCCAUCCCUGUCCGCAUCCCAUUCCCGCUCCCAUUGCCUAUCCCAUAUUCUCUCUUUGGUUGUGGUUCCCAUGUUCCAAGUCCAAUAUUUCCAGCCCUGCUCCCAUUCUUGUAUUCCCUGUCCCCGUGCCGGUCCCACAUUUCCAGUUUGAUAUUCCCUGCCGUGUUACUAGUCCCGUUGCUGUGAAACCGUUUCUGAUCCCAGCCCCUCCUUUCUAAUCCACACCCCAUAUUUUCUCUCUGGAUGCUGUUUGCAUGCUAUUUCUCCCGUUUCUGUAUUCCUAUCCCCGUUCCCAUUCCAGGUCUCUCUCCUGCAGUCCACCUUCCCAGUCCCAUUCCUAGUUCCAUUCUCAGUUCAAGUCCCCAUUCCAGAUCCCUGUCCCAUAUUGCUGCUCCCUGGCCCCAGUCCCACUCUGGUAUUCCCUGUCCCAUUCUUGGUCCCUGUUCCCAUUCCAUGUAUC